AUGCCUUGGCUCCCUUGGAAAUGGGGAAAAUCCAAAUCCGUCUCCACCGCAUCGACUGCUGACGACGACGCUCAAAGCCAGCAGGGCGUUGAGCCAGACUCGCGUUCCGAUGCCGCGUCGCAGACGGCCAACCUGGAGGAGGACCUAGCAGAGAUCUUGCAAGGCGACCUCCCAGCUUGGUUUCUGGAUCACUGCGUCCAGAGCUACGAGCAAACCUGCGCAUCGACCAUCCCCCUGGUCAUUGGAGAUGCCAAAGGGUGUGAUGACCUGAACCAAGAGGCACCUGGCAAAUACCAGAUUGACCCAGUGCUAUACGGGAGCCUCGCGAGUCUCAUAGAUGCGAAAGUGCCCCCAUUGGCAAACGGAGAGGCGCCCGAAGCAAGAAGGUCUACUUUCGCUCACGAUGCCGCAAUUCUUAGAGUGGCCGUCCACGCACAUCAACACUCUGGGGAGGAAUUCCUGGCGGCCGUCCUUCGGCAAUUCGCCAAAGACCAUGGAGCGGAUAUUCUCACAUUGCGUCAUCAAGACAUGAGCGAGCUAUAUGACGUGUUCUUCCUUGCGCGGGCCAAAACGGAAAAGGAUCGCUCCAAACGGCGGCAUAGUAAAGAUGACGACGGCGAGGGUGAAGACGACGAUGGUGAGGGUAAAGACGAUGAUGGCGAGAGUAGCAGCAGCAGCAGCGGCUCGUCUAAACCCGAUGAUUCAAUCUUUUUCAAAACAGCCUACAAGCUUCUCUUCGCGAAGCUCCUCACCGUGACCGAGGCACGGAUACCAAAGACGGACACACCAUUUCACGAAUCGGAACGGCAAACGCGCCCUUUAAUCGUGGAACUACCAGAUCUCGAGGGCAUUUGUUCCAUGGAACCGUUCAAGGAGAUUCUAGCCCAAUUACAGGAGGCUGUUAAGGCGGCCAAUUCCUCUGGGUUAAGGGUCAUUGUUGUCGGGCUUGACAGCUGGGAGAUUGCUGUUCGCAGCGACAGGUAUCGUGAUGCCAUGGAAUCUCUCCUUGAAGAUGCCCCGAUUCAACCUGACGUAUAUGGCUCAUACGGAACAAGUCAGAACGAGUCCUUGUUGUCGAUGCUAGGUUCUAAUCCUCUUCGCCCGGUUCUGCCCCUGCUUCCCGCACACACAAAGGUGCAGCGCUCGCGGUUUGGAAAACAUGGCGCCAAUACGCAGCGAGCACACAACAUCCGUGCCCUCCAGCUGAAGAUUCGCAAUCGUACUAGAAGUCAUGGGGACCAAAAGCUUUUGGAACCGUAUUGUUUCUGGGAUCUUCCGGAAGAAAGCCAUUGCUUCAAGACCCUGAGCCAUUCCGAAAUGAACUCCUCGACGCUUGAAUUUGCAGCAGCUGCAAUUUCUACAAACAUAAGCAUUGAUCACAUCCUCCAAGUCUUCCAGGGAUUGGGGGCACUCCGGGAUCAGAUCAAGCCUAUAAAAGAGGAAGAGAAAUCCAAGUACUCGCAACUCCAUCCAGAAGCUCAGAAAGCCAUCGCGGAGAUAAACCAGAAUCCGGACAAAUACCAAUGGGAGGGGGUUCUCUUAGAUCAGCUAGUUAGCCCAGACGAUGUCAAUCAGGGGUGGUCCGCUAUUGAGGUAGAGGAGGAUGUGAAGCAGGCUAUAACCCAGAUGCUGGACCUGGCCAAUUCCAACCCCGACCUGCAGGCCGGCAUCCUGCGCAACUCUCGAAUCAACGGCGUCCUUCUUUACGGGCCGCCAGGAACCGGCAAGACGCAUCUCGCACGCGUGCUGGCACACGAGUACGGCGCCGUCAUGAUCCACGUCUCGGCCGCGGAGCUCGAGAACAAGUACGUGGGCGAGACGGAGAAGGCCAUCAAGGGCCUGUUCAACCUCGCCGCCAUGGUGUACCCCAGCAUCAUCUUCAUCGACGAGGCCGACUCGCUGUUCCGGAAGCGGCAGCCCGACGACUACGACUGGACGCGCAGCCGGCUCAACACGCUGCUGGCCCAGACAGAUGGUCUGAUCAAGACCAGGCGGCAGCCCUUCCUGCUCAUCGCCACUAAUCACCCGGGCGACCUCGACGAGGCCAUCCUGCGGCGGGUGCCAUCGAGGCUGUACAUCGGGCUGCCGUCCACCUCGGCGCGGGAGAGCAUGCUGAACAUCUUUCUGCGCGAGGAGGAGCUCGACCCGAAGCUGCGGCUGCGCGACGUCGCGGCCAGGACGACUGGCUUCACCGGCUCCGACCUGCACACGGUAUGCGUACAGGCAGCACUGAUCGGUCAAGCCGAACAGAGGAAAAGUGGGGGGGAGCAAGCCAGGAGAGUCUUGAAGCAUGGCCAUUUCGAGGAGGCAUUGGGGAGAUGCGGGCCCACGGUCUCGGACAGCGCCAUGGAAGCCAUCAGGGAAUUCGCGGAGAAAUUCGACCCCAGCGCUGGAUCUCGCCUGGGACCAUCACGCAAGAGCGCUUCCGCCGGACCUGCGCCUUCCAAACAUCAAGUGCCGCCGAAGAGGACGAGAGGUGUUUCCGCGAGCGACGUCCCGCCUGUGCUGAAAAACGUGCAACCGCCGACGAAUGGAGAGGGGGUAAACGGCUACGAGGAGUGGAAGACGAGCGAAAUGUAUCCAUAUGUAACGGAGGAGUUGUGUCAGAAAUGGUGGAGUGGCGAGUCAGGUUAA